CUCAAUCACUGUCACGUUACGCCCCAGUAGUUCGACUUCCUGUUGAACGUGAGAUGAUAUUUAAGCGCACGGUCAUUCGAGCUCCCGUAAUUUUGACGCUUAAGCAUUUUGCUGAGUAUGGACAUGGUAGAGGAAACCUUUGAAGAUAUUUUGGAGAGGAACCGGGUGGAAAUUGUGCAAUGUUUGCAGCUAGAUCGCACGUUUUUGUUCGACUAUCUCCGCAGCAAAGCUGUCUUCGACAUCGGUGAUUGCGAUCUCGUGCACUCGGAGAGAACUCGUGAACAGAAAGCUGGCAAAUUACUCGACAUUCUUAUGACCAAAGGAGAUGAGGGCUAUUCGCAUUUCGUCGACGCCAUCCAACUUUUGAAUCCGCAUUUGUUUGAGAAGAUGACAGGGGAAAAAGCCACUGCAAGACCAAGCCCUCUCAUGAUUGGAAGAGAAAACUUCUUUUUAGGAUCAAAUGGCCGAGCUCCAGACUUAGAUAUUAUGAGCAACCACUUGGUAAGAAUCACCACAGACCUACAAGAUCUGACAAUCCGUUACGACACAGUGUUGAAAGACAACGAAGCGCUGGAGAAGCAGCUGAAAAGAACGUCUUUUGAACUGCUGGAGAAAAACAGGCUGAUUGAUGAACUAGAAAAGCGAAAGUUCGACACAGAGGCUUUGUUAAUGGAAUCGCAUUCUAGCGCUAAGAAGAUGGCCGAAGGCGCUGCCCUCCAAUGCCAGGUCCGAAAUCGAGAAAUGGUGGAGAGGACUCAUUUCAUAAUCGCGCUUCAAAUGAAGCUACUCACCACCAAAGAGGAAGUGGACGAGCUGAAGAAGAAACUAGAGGAAAGCAACCAGGAGAAGACCCAGCUGUUGGAUCGCUUCAAGCAGAUUUCCAAAAACUACGACAACCAGAGACGCGAGUCCAUGAAGUUGACCGAGAAACUUGAACACCAGAAAGAUAACAUUCAAAAGGCCGAGGAGAUCAAAAUGAAAUUUCGCCAGAUCCAGUUCAGCAACCAAAAGCUCAAAGCGGAAAAAGACGAAGCUGUGAAGGAGUUGGAAGAGCUCAAACGUUGGACGGAGGCACUGAAAGCCCGGUACGACAUCGUGGAAGAAGACAGAAAGCAGACGCAGGAGAGCCACGAGAUUACCGUGGCUGAUUUCUCGGAUCUCCGAGACAGAGCUGAUGAGCUGGAACUGAGACUGACGAUAUCCGCGCGCGAGAUAAAUGACUUGAAGAAGCGAUGCAAGGACUUGGAACAGACGGCCAACACCUACCGGGAACAGAGGGAUCUGUACGAGAAAGCGUGGAAGGACACCUCGGCGGAAAGAGAGCAACUUAGAAAGGAUAGGGAAGAUACUGCUGCGCAGUUGGCGGAAGUUAUUCGCAGUCGAGACGAAGCCAUCAACAGGCAGAUGGAAUACAGCCGGCAGUUUGAGGUGCAGCUCAAGAAAACCACUGAAGAACUUCGCGCUGUUCGAGAACGCCUCUAUCAGACAGAAUUGGAGAUGGAAGAUUUAAGAAAGACUAAGCUUCAGAGAAACCCGUCCGAUGUUGAUGACGACCAUCCUUUCACUGAGAAGAUUGCUAAGAGAAAUGGUAUAAACUUACUCCUGGACACUGGAAAAGCCAAGGAGGCCAAACUGGACGGGAGUGUUGACCCCGAAGAGGACUCGCCUGGUAACAGUAGUGAAGAUUCUUAUGACUGGAAAUUGCGACGCACGACCUCUAAAGUCAUAGAGAGUGUCAAAAAGCGGGUUGCCCCGAAGAAAUCUCCAGCCGUGGACAGAGGAGAUGGCGAAGAAGAGGAAGCCUCGAGCUCAACAGCACUUCACGGGCGUCCUGAAAAGAGCUUGUCGUUGGACGAGAAACUGGGGGAGCUUUGUCCAGAAGUUAAGAGCCUCUCGCUUGAAACCCAGAAAUGCUUGAGCAUGGAUCGUAACAGGUCUCUGUUUAAGAGCCCUCCAACGUACACUACACUGGAGUAUAUGUUUGGCUCGUCCGUUAGUAACACUGCCUCGGCGUUGUACAACCCCUUCGACGGCAACAAUUCUCUGUACUCCUCGUUUCGUUCCAGUGAUAGUGGUUUUCCCAGUCUGCCAUCGAGAAAUCUCUCCGAUUCCGCAAAAUCAGCGCCAGAUUUCUCGAUCAGCCUGGAAUCUGAUACGUUUGAGCCGGCAGCCAAUGACGAUCCCAAAGUUGACGAAAACCCGAAGGAAUCCGACAAAAGCCGACAAAAGUCACGGUCCCACGAGAGUCCAACCCGACCUCCUUACUACAAAAGCAUUUCUUCUCCGUCAAAGAUAAUGAACUUUGUGACAAGCAAGGUGUCUCUGGGGAGUCGUUCAUCUGAAGAGAGGUCUUCUUUGAGGGAUGAAAACAAAACUGACGGCCCAGGAGAGCAAACUCGUCGCAAGUUCAAAGAUGCCGCCAGCAACCCUUCAAAUAAGGGCAUCUCAAAACUGCUAGCGAAUUCCCUUUUCCUCUCCACGGAUGACGCAAAAGAGGAGGAUGAAAGAGUGCAGAAGGAAAUGGAAGAAGUAGCAGAGGCUCUUAUGUCUCCGACGCUUAAAAAACCUUUUCGUGAGAGGUCCGGAGCAGUGACCGCGGAAGAGAGAGCUCGGAGCUCCUCAGCACCCAGUUCCCCCGGGUUUGAUUUCAAUUUGCCGGAAGUCGAUGUUCAGAGUAGUACAUCUGGCUGAUUUCCGCCGCCUGAAUCAUUGAGUUAGUUCAAAAUGACGUUAGCGGAAAAAUAGGAGUAUGCAUUUGCAAUAAGAGCUGUACUGGUAAACAGAGCGUUAUUUUUAGCUCCUAGUUUAAUUAGUCUGGCAGAGUGCAAAUGAACAAGGCUCUGGGCAUGUGCGCGCGCACGCGCUCGGCUCUAUUUAACCCGCACAAAGUCACGUGAAUGCGUGAUUGGUUGCGCAUGUGUGUUUUAAGGGAGCCUGGGUCAAUUAAGACAAAAAAAAUUAUGUACUAAUUUUUGUACAAAUACUGUAAAAUUACUUAAAGUGAUGUUAGUUACCCGCAGAAGUUCAGGUUUGCACGACUUGAUCAGGUGCCUUACGCGUGAUAGGCUACAGGUAGACUCUAGAAAUCUAGAUUUGUUACAAUGCCAGGUUGACGAAAAUAUAUUUGCGUUCCAAGGUGAUAGUCUUUGUUUCCUUACUAUUUUUUUAUUUUAUAAUUCGACCUGAAAGAAUUUAAUUUAAGUAAAUAUAUUUUUUUCUGAGUGUAUCAGGUCCCAAAUUCUCCUCACCUGUUAUAUUUAACAUGCCAUGGUAGGUAUAGAGAAGUUAGGAAUUGAUAACUAGUUGAAACAAAUAGAGUUCUGAGUGUGUUAGGCAGAGUGCUGCUGAAACAAGUAAAAUCCGGAAUCAGACAUUUUUUAAAAGCAGAGUGUUAUUUACUAGAGUGUUAUAUGUAGUCUUAAAGCAGAUUUGUAAAUAAAAUGAUGAUGGGUUUGA